AUGAAGAAUAAAUUGGGUACGUUUAUGCUCACCGGCUUCGUUAAAUAUAGCAUGCAUGCGGUGUCAGUAUAUUGGCCGUUCUCGUGGGUUGAGUUUUGCUCCAAAUUUUGCUUUUAAUUUGCAGGAUUUAUAUUUAUUUCAAAUAUCCACUAUGUUUAAAAGAAGACUUCAAGCUCUUGGAUAUUUGGAAUGGAACAAAGUUAAUAUAAACGGUUUGUCUCGUGUACUUGUAGUAACAAGGAAUUCUAACAUUGAUAUUAUUACUAACAAGAUCUAGUAUCAUGUUUGUUGAGCGAUAAAUUCAGGAAUAUAUUUAUCUUUCUCGAACGUUCUACACUUAAAUAAUAUUCUAUAUAUAUUGAAUAAAUCCUAUUAUCAAUGUUAAAAAACCGUAUCGUUAUAGGUUAUAAUGAUCGGCAUAACGCGAUGAAAAAAACGUUGUCUUUACUCUCGUAAAACAUUUUACGAGAUUGGAAUAAGUAAAAAGUUUAAUUUUUCUAUCUGUUGCAGAUCCACAACAUUUUCGUAAAGUAGUACUUUGGUUAGAAGAUCAAAAGAUACGCCAGUAUGAUAUACAAGAUAGAAAAGAUUUACGCGAUAUAAAAAGCGAAUAUUGGCCUAAAGCUUUCGCUAAAUAUUGUAAGGAUAUUCAAUGUCCAAUAUUUGAUAAUGAUGUGGAUCAACUUGAAUGGCUGAUUGGCUGUGCAAUCUGGUUUGAGACAGACAACAAUACUGAACAAUAUUCACAGAAUAUAAAAGAAAUGAAGUUGAAAAUGAAACAGGAAGCAUUAGUGCCUCAUCUUAAGUCUAAAAAUCCACUCGACAAUUUGGACUUUGCUCCGAAUCCCGCGACAUCCAAAUCAUUUGAUCACAUUAAAAGCCUGCAGUAAGCUAGUACAAAGGAGAUUAAAUUCUGAGUGCCUAAGGAAUCCAAAUUCCAAAAUUGUUCGAGGCAAACCAUUUCCUAUUAUGAACUGUGAUCCUGGCUUCCAAUUGAAGAAGACAGCAGUGGAAAAUGCAGCUAAAAUCCUUGCUCUCCUUUACAUCCAAAAUAUUAGGAAUCUCCAAACAAAAAUCAACGAAGUGAUCGUCCGUGUACAGAAUAUUACAGCUAAUCCUAAGACAGACACCAAAGAAGAUCCGAUCGGCAUGUCGACUAAACAUAAAAUUCCGGCGGCGAAGAAGAGCCGCGCGAAACAGAGGAAGGUCGAAUACGACGAGGAGGAUAUCUCGAGUGAGCACGACUCGGACGUUGAUGACGCUGAGACCGGCUCGAAUGCUGAUGGCGAGGACGCCGCCGAAGAUGAUCUUACUGACGUCUCCAAUAUCCCGGAAUUACCACCACCCGAGGGAGGAUGGGGUAAACCUGGAACAUUGCUCAUGUGUGGCUUGACAAACUGGGACAUGGCAGGCCGUAAGGCUCCACCAAAAGGAGUGAAAGCCAAUGUAGGACGUAGUCUGUGGACCCCGCAUACGUUCAAAAACUUGAAUAGUGCUAGGAUCAGAUUAGUUGCUUCUGGUCCAGCUGCUUCUCAUAGUAUUAUUGUUACUGAAGAUAAUAGAUGCUUAGCUUUUGGUAGAAAUGAUAAAGGCCAGCUGGGCAUUGGCGAUACGAAACGUCGGGAUGAACCUACGGAAGUUACAGCGCUGAAAGGUCACACUGUAAUAGGAGCCUCUUGCGGCCGUAAUCACACAUUAUUUUUAACGAGUCGCGGAAUCGUAUUCGCAGCCGGAGACAAUAAACUGGGCCAAUGCGGUGUCGGGAAAUCCGACGCUUGCAUUGUCUCUGCUACUAAAGUCAAGUAUUCUGGCCCGCCGAUAGUGAAAGUAGGAUGCGGCGCAGACUUUUCAAUGAUUCUGGACAUUAAAGGUGGCCUGCACUCGUUUGGAAGCCCGGAGUACGGUGCACUUGGCCAUAACACAGAUGGGAAAUAUUUUAUAACGAACACGAAAAUGGCAUUUCACUUUGAGAAAGUGCCUAAGAGAAUCGUUUUGUACAUUGAAAGAGCAAAGGAUGGCCAUGUCACGCCGUUAGAUCGUGUUGAGAUCACAGACUUUAGUUGCGGGCACUAUCAUACUGUGGCGAUCGAUAGCAAAAAUCGUGCGUUCUCCUGGGGAUUCGGUGGUAUCGGUCGUUUGGGUCACAACGAGCAACGAGAUGAAUUAGUACCUCGUCUAAUAAAAUUCUUGGAACCGCCUACUCGAGGCGUCAGAGCUGUAUAUUGUGGCAGUACUUACAGCAUUGCCAUUAACGUUCACGGAUCAGCUUUGAUGUUCGGACAGACGAAACGUACAGGAGAAGCGAAUAUGUAUCCGAAGCCGAUCCAGGAUUUGUCCGGUUGGGAAAUUAGAUGUGUCGGAUGUUCCCAGACUAGCGUAGUAGUCGCAGCUGAUGAUUCGGUUAUCGCUUGGGGUGCUAGCCCUACUUUCGGUGAAUUGGGUUUUGGCGAAAUGCGUAAGUCCUCUACUACUCCAAUGGAAGUGAAAGCGUUAGAAGGUUUGUACAUUACUGCUGUUACCUGUGGCCUCUCUCAUACCCUUAUGAUUUGUCGAGACGAAUCCGAAGAAGAGAAGGCUAAAAUUAACAAACUCCAAGUGUAUUCUGUUUAAAUCGCAUAAUUUUCAGUUCGAUUAUACAAAUACUACUCGAAUUGCCUCGUGUGUCGAGGCAUUUGGAAAUUUUUUUAUACUCAUCGCAAUCGUUACUGCAUUUAAAGGAACAAGAAAAAAAAAAAAGAAAGAAAAGAAAAUCAAUUUGUAAUGAAAUUGUAAUGAAGUUACUUUAAAUAACUUAAAGGAAAGAUUGAAAGAUCUGUGAACAAUUUAUUAAUAGACUGUGAAAAACGUCCAUAUAAAAUAUAGACUUAACGUUACUCUCUACUUUGUACUUCCACUUUUACUUAAUAAUAUGAAGAAAAGUUUACCAUAAU